AAAUCAUUUAAUUAUUUACAAUGAACGUUUUACUGCGCUGAUUUAAGAUUAUCUGAAAUUUUUUUUUUUUUUUUCUCUCUUUUUUACCUAAAAAUGGCGAGAAAAAAGAGAAGAACUCAUGUUAAGGUUGAUGAAACUGUCACAAAUAGUCCUGACUCUCCAAAAUUACCAAAAAGUUUUGUAUUCAAAUCUGGUCAUGUAGGAAAAUCUGUUGAAGCUUUAGUUAGAGACAUGAGAAGAGUUAUGGAACCUCAUACUGCAACAAAAUUAAAAGAAAGAAAAUCAAAUCGAUUAAAAGAUUUUGUAGCCAUAGCAGGUCAAUUUGGUGUAACUCAAUUUUUAAUAUUUACACGAACGGAUAAUGGAACUAAUUUUAGAUUAACGAGAACUCCAAGAGGUCCAACUUUAUGUUUUAGAGUGUUAAAAUAUUCUUUAAUUAGAGAUGUUUUAGCUUCUCAAAUUGAUCCAAAAAGUUUUAUUUCCGAAUUUCAUACUCCUCCAUUGCUUGUAUUAAAUAAUUUUGAUGGUGAUGAAAAUCAUUUGAAAUUAAUGAUAACUAUGUUUCAAUCCAUGUUUCCUUCUAUAAAUGUUAACAAGAUUCAAUUAUCAGAUGCUCGUAGAGUUGUAUUAUUUAACUAUAAUCCUGAUACGAAAAUAAUAGAUUUUAGACAUUAUAGUAUAGGAGUAAAACCAAUAGGAAUUAGUAAAAGUGUACGAAAAGUAAUAAAUUCUAAUGUACCAGAUUUACAUGAAUAUCGUGAUAUUAGUGAAUUUGUAUUAAGAGAAGGUCAUAUAUCAGAAAGUGAAGCUGAAAGUGGAGUUGAAGCUACAGUAACGUUGGCACAAGAUUUUGUUGGUAAAAUCAACAAAAAGUCUGAUCAACGUGCUAUUAAAUUAACUGAAAUUGGUCCAAGAAUGGAAUUACAAUUAGUUAAAAUUCAAAGUGGUUUAUGUGAUGGAGAAAUUUUAUUUCAUGAAUUCAUUAAGAAAACACCCGCAGAAAUAAAAAGUAUUGAGCGCGAAAGACAAAAAAAGAAGCAAGAAACUGCUUUAAGACGAAAAGAACAAGAAAAAAAUGUUGAGAGAAAGAAAGCCGAAAAAGAAGCUCAUAGGUUAGCUACGAGUGGUCGUACUAUAUCGGAAAGUAAAGAUGAGGAAGAAGAUGAUGAUGAGGAUGAAAGUGACGAGGAAGGUGAUGAUGAUGAUGAAGUAGAUGAAAAAGAAGAUAAUGAUGAUGAUGAUGAUGAAAGUGAUGAGGAUGAUGAGGAUGAUGAAGACGAAGUAGAUGAGAAAGAUGAGGAGGAGGAUGAGCAACAACAAUCUUCUGCAGAUGAAAUGGAUGUUGAUCCAAAAUACAUUGGCUCACCCUGAAAAUUGGCUAUUGGUCAAUAAAAAAACUAGAUCCAAGUAAAAUUAACUUGUGCGACCCAUUUAUCUUAGAAUUUUAAAUUGUGUUGAUUUGCCCUUUAUUUAAUUAAUAAAUUAAGAUUGUAGGUGUAUUACCCCGUAUAAGCUUUAAAAUAUAAAAAAUUGAUAAUACAGUAUAUAUAAAAUCCUAGCGUAAGUUUAUAUUAAGUGUAAUAGUUUUGCAUUUCCAUAAAUUUUUUACAACAAG